GAAUUGGCUGAGAGAAGCCGUGAGGCUGUAGUUGGAGAGUAUAACUAUAAAUUGUAAAUUACUAUUAGCUCAGUCUAAUUUAACGACAACACGAUCAGAAUGUGCUGAAAACGCUUGAUUCUGCGACCGUUUGUGGGAGUGUUUGCGUACUUGACGGAAUUACUCGCCUUGAUGUCGCUGCUGUUCGUUUCAGUUACUUCGUGGUGGUGAUGGAGCAAUCGAAGACUAGUGAUCAGGCAUUGAAUUCUAGAAGACAUAAAGUUGUCUUGCAAGGUGGGCUCUGUCAGAUGACAUCACUUCCCUGAGCUGCUUUGUUCGACCAUGGACACUCUACCUCGAGAACUUCUUGACGCUGUGCUGCAGCACCUCGUCGAGCACGACUUCACCUUCAGCGCCCGCUACGAAGUCCUUGACGAUGCAUCACGACAAGCCAUACUGGCCGCGCGACUGGUGGCACACUCCUUUCACGAGUCGAAAACGUUGAAGGAUCUCUUUGUCGCCGUGCUGGAGGAGACCCCAUUUCAUUGGUACGGCAACCAAAUGCCGAGACUUGUGAAAGUCUCUCGAUCCAAAAUUGCCGGCCAAAUGUCGACGCUAUCGCUCUGCAGUAUGAACUUUGGUCCAUGGGAUCAUCACAACAAUGCUGUGCUAGGGUCCGGCCGGUCGAUCCUAGCGGCCUCCCGGACAGACCUCACCAAUAUACUUCGGAGGUUCGCAAAUGUGAAACACCUCCGAUACUACACGAUAUCACCGAAGUGUUUCCGCGAGACAUUCUGUGGUCACAAGUCCGCCUACGAUGUUGGCCCGGAACCACAAUGGGGUUAUCCGGCUGACGACAAGAACAUUCACUCUUGGUUGUUUCGGCAGCAGGAUCCGUCCUGGGUUUGCGGUCACACGAUGGAUAACGUUGUGGAUGCAGGCCUGCCAAUGGAAAGCGUGGCCUUCCCUCUGUUCGGGAACCGAGCAUCGUAUUGCGCCAUACAGGUUACCGCCGCUUUCUUCCCUGCAGCCUUGAAGCACCUCACUAUCUCGCUGACUCAGCGUUUCGAAGAAGUUCCUUUAUUUGAGCCAUGGCUGAGGAGUUUGAGAAGCCUCACCUUCCUGGAGGUGGCUGUCUCCAGACACCCGCUGAGUCUAAGUCCAUGGGGUUCAUUUGCGAGCUGUCGAGAGCUGACGAACGUAGAGGCGCCGACCUCUCGUGAUCAGCUGCCACGGUUGGAGGAGUUUCGUCUCAUGUCCGACAAUCAGAACUGUUUCAACGAACGCGGUUUCUUAUUGGCCUUGGCGCUGUUUCCGAAUCUGCGAAGGCUUGGCUUUGCGCACAUCCUAAUCAAGUCGCAGCUCAACAACGCCAGCUCAUGGGAAAGCUUUGUAAAACAAUUGGUCCCGAAGGCCUUGGAUCGCCUCUGGCUGCUGGAACCACGCAAUCUCUGGAUCAAGGGAAUGGGUCAGGCGGGCCGUUACGUGAUGGAGAAGUAUAAACCUGAUGAUAGCUUCAGGGCUGCGGCGCGUAACGUUCGGUUGAUGGACACCAACUCGCUGUGGGUAAAGGACUCAGCGCCACCGAAGAGGCGGGACUUUGACUACCCUGGGUUUGCUAUCUUCUAAUCAGUGCCACAGGGGCCCGUUUAGAGUAGUGAUGCAGACAAUAUCACCCCGGUUUCUCUUGCUCACACUGCCAGAUUGAGGUUGACCAAUCAACGCUUUCUCAUCCGUCUGGGCGCGGCGGGCUUCGGCUUCGCACGAACUGUUCGGCGCGUGGUGGGAGCGCUAUCCUCCUCUUCGUCUUCUGACUCGGAGCUAGAUUCGUCUCCGUCAUCUUCGUCGUUCUCUUCUUCUUCUUCAGAGU